AUGAAUUCCGAGGAACAAUAUUAUUCUCCAGCUCAGAUUUACAAAGAGUCGUGUGCUUUUCAGCGAUCUCAAGGACAGGACUAUAACCCAAGCCCACCAGCAUGCCUCUACAUGGGGAGGCAACAGCAAGUCACCUUCUCAAAUCCUUUGAUUGGUCUGGAUCCAGGAAGCCCUCCAGACAUCUCCCCUUAUGAAGUGCCACCCAUAUCUGAAGACCCUGUCUUGCCCCAUCUUCACCAUCACCCGCAUCAUCAUCACCACCCACAAAUUCAUCACCCCCAUCAGCAAUCAAUGCCUUUUCCAGAAGACCCUGAGACCGGGACCCUAGAAGAGAGGAACCGGACUCUGCUGCCUUUCCCAUGGAUGAAAUCUACUAAAUCUCACACUUGGAAGGGGCAAUGGACAGGUGGACCAUACAUGAUGGAGCAAGAAGAAAACAAAAGAACAAGAACGGCCUACACCAGAGCUCAACUACUGGAGCUAGAAAAAGAAUUCCUUUUUAACAAAUAUAUCUCUAGACCUAGAAGAGUAGAGUUGGCGGUCAUGCUAAACUUGACAGAGAGGCACAUAAAGAUCUGGUUUCAGAACCGGAGGAUGAAGUGGAAGAAAGAAGAAGAUAAAAAGAAAGGAAAAGGCGGUGACCCAGAACAAGACUCUGCAGUGUCAUCUGGAGACAUUUUAAAAGAUGAGUCUCAAUGCAUCGGAAAUACUCAGACAUCAAUGGACCUAGUACUUUCUCCUUUAGCAGCAUCAUCGCCAUCACAGGUCACUUCAAUGUCAGCCUCUGGAUCUGUGAGACAGGGAGAUAAACGAUAG